CGGGAAGUCACUGGUUCCUACAGUAUUCCAAAGACUGAGGACCUAAAGGGGCUCCACAUCCCACUGGGACAGCUGCCAGUCUUUUCCUAGAGUCUUGACAUGUGGUGGACGCUGAUGCUGCAGCUGCUGCAGCUCCUGCUACAACUGCUGAUGGCGCAGAGCCAGAGCCUGGAGAGGCCCUCCCAGGACCCGAUCCCCCUCUUCCGACUCACUCAGCAGGGAGACUGGGACAGCCUGGACCGCCACCCCACCGACUCUCCCUGUGUGGGACUCCCCGCCGCGGGAGUCACCACCCUGAACCUGGCGAACCGCAGCCUGGAGAGCCUGCCCAGCUGCCUGCCGCGUACGCUGCGCAGCCUCGACGGCAGCCACAACCUGCUGCGCGCCCUUAGCGAGCCUGUGCUCGGCCUCCUGCCCGAGCUGCGCGUACUCACGCUGCACCACAACCGCAUCUCCGUGCUACACUGGGGCCGUGACACGCCGGCCGGGCUGCGUGAGCUCGACCUCAGCCACAACCUGCUGACCGAGCUGCCGCCCUGCGCGGGGCCGUCGGGGAGCAGCCUGCGCUCGCUUGUGCUGGCCGGGAACCCACUGCGAGCGCUGCGGCCACGGACCUUCGCAUGCUUCCCAGCGCUGCGGCUUCUCAACCUCUCCUGCAGCGAGCUGGGCGACAUCGCCCAGGAGGCAUUCGCGGGGGUGAUCGGUGGGCCCCUGGCGGCGCUGGAGCUCUUGGAUCUGAGCAGCACGUGCCUAGAAAGAGUUGAGUCUGGGUGGAUCAGAAACCUGCCAAAGCUCAAGUCCCUCUACCUGAGAAAGAUGCCCAGGCUGAAGACACUGGAGGGAGACAUUUUCAAGAUGACUCCCAACCUGCGGCAGCUGGAUUGUGGAGAAUCUCCAGCACUUACUUCUGUUCACACAGAGAUCUUUCAACACACACCCAAUCUACAAGUCCUUCAGUUCCAGAACUGCAACUUGAGUUCCUUUGGUCCUUGGACUGUGAAUUCCUCCCAGAUCUUGUCCGUCAGUCUCUUUGGCAACCCUCUCAUUUGCAGCUGUGAACUAGCUUGGCUUCUCGUGGAUGUCAACAAAACCGUCUUACACAGGGCAGCUGAUACCAUGUGUGAGCCUGCUUUAGGAUCCACGGGCCCCUUCUCAGGCCCUCUUUCCCUCUCCCACCUGUCUAAUGUGUGCAGGUCAGACCAAAGCACCACCCUCCUGCCUUCAAACCCAGGCCGCUCCGAUCAUUCAGUUUUUGCACCACGGACACAGGGGCCUUCCAUUGGACCGAGCACGGCCCUGUCUGCUCAGCCUGGAGGAAGUCAACAAAAUAUCACCAAAGUCCCUUCCCUCACCAUGGCUUCCUCCACACAAGGAUCAUGGAUGUAUAAAGAUACUUCAGAGGAAACUGCCCAGUCCACUAACUCUGACCUAGUAUAUAGUCCUUCCAGGGCUCUGCCUGGUGCUGCCAGUUCAGGGGCAAAGCAGACUGCCACACAUAUCCUUGAGCCUAAUAUUUCAUCUGCCUCUACCCCAUUAGUCAGCAAGUACCUUGAACCCUUGCCUACUUCACCAAAUCCCAGGAGCUUACCUCAGACCAAGCAGAGGACACAAGCCAUGCCCAGGGCUCUCCACACAGACCCUCCACAGGGUGAGAUUCCAGUUUUGCUGUUAGAUGAUGACAGCGAGGAGGAGGAGACUCGGGACCAGGUGACAGCACCUCGCCAGGACGUCUCUUGUGAAUACCACCCCUGCAAGCAUCUGCAGACCCCAUGCGCAGAGCUGCAGAGGCGCUUCAGAUGCCGCUGCCCUGGUCUCAGUGGGGAGGAUACCACUCCAGACCCUCCCACGCUGCAGGGGGUGUCAGAGGUGACUGACACAUCAGUGCUCGUCCACUGGUGUGCCCCCAACUCAGUGGUGCUCUGGUAUCAGAUCCACUAUGUGGCAGAAGGAGGAUCUGGGAAUCAGUCAGUAGUGGACAUCUAUGCUACUGCCAGACAGCACCCCCUGUACAAGCUGACACCAGGCACCACCUACCAUGUGUGUGUACUGGCAGCUAACAGGGCUGGCCUGAGCCAGUCACAGACCUCAGGCUGGAGGAGGUCAUGUGCCACUUUCACAACCAAGCCCAGCUCUGUGGUCAUCUUCUGGGGACUGUGUACCGCCAGUGGCCUGUUACUGGUUAGCACCCUGGUGCUGUCUGUGUGUCUCUGGAGGCAGCGCUGGAAGCCACACAGGCAGUUCUACGACACACACUUGGUGGCCUUCAAAAACCCAGCCAGAGCUGAGGAAGUAACUCAGUGGUAGUGACUUCCUCGCCUGCACAAGGCCUUGGGUUUAUCCCCAACAUCCUAAUCAGACACAUUUGAGGCCUUGAUUUUCCUUCCAGCAACCAGAUUAAACAAACCAGCCUUGACCACCUGCAGAGGCUCCAGAACUUCAAUUAUCCCAGUGUCUCCCAUUUGAAAUACAUCUGCAUGCAGAAACAUGCUGAUGCCUAAGGACAACAUGAGCUCCAAAUUCCUUGAAGCCACCACGUCUCAGGCUCACACAGAACUACACUGUGUCCUCCUCUGUUGAAGGAAUGAGUGUCACCCUUCCUCCUAUAGUUGUUCUCACUAUGCCUGUCUAACUAGCUCCUGUCACUCUGUGACAUCCUUUACAUUGGUCAGCACUCCGUAUAUCCCUCAAUACCAAGUGAGAUACUACACGAAGGAGAUGGGAUAACAGAGAGAAAGCAGUUGUAAGAAGAGACAACUCCUUUGGAAAUGCCAUCUCUAAGUUUCUUGCAUGGACGUUCCCUUGUGGCCCGAUUUUAGCACAAUGAGUUCUGUUGGCCUUGAGCUGAUAGCCAAGGUAAGAGCUAUUGUUGGUUUCCUAAGGCCUUCUGGAUCCUUACUUGUAUUUCAGGGUGUGAAAAAACAUGUAUUUCCAGAUUUACAGUUAAAAUUGGCCUUCUGGUAACAUUUGUGAGACACAGGCAAAGGCUAUUUGCUCCCAAGGUUUUCUGUAUUUCACCCAUGUUGGUCUCAACUUAGAUCCUUCUGCCCCUGUCUUUCCAAAUGGUGGGAUUAUAAACAUUUGGAGUGGAGGCAAAAUUGAACUCACAACAGUGUUUAUUUCUAUUGUAAGGGAAAGUUGUUUGAAUCCAUCUCUCAUCUUCAAAACAGGCUGCAGCACAAACACCAUGCUGCAGACAGCAAGUAUAUCAAAGCUGAACCUGAAUAUGAAUCACACUAUACAUUUCUAAGUGGGUAUCCAAGCAUGUUUUCAACAUUCUAAACUGUAUCCUUAUUCUCAUCAAAUAUAUGCCCAGGAGAAUUUGAAAGAUCUCUCUAAAUCCCACUUAAAAAGUUACAAAG